AUGUACGCAAAAGCUAUUCAGGAACCCAUACGUGAUCCCAUGCGGCAUGUCCUAUACUUCCCCGAAACUUCUACUGAACCCAUCUUCUCCAUGCUCGCCUUCGACGAGCAAGGUACAGUAGGCGGCCUCGAACAUCACUUCACAGGCGCAUCAGCUCAAGAGAUCAAAAGGCUCUCUUUCCACAACUGCUAUUUGCCAUACUUUGUCCAAAUCAACUACGACACGAAUUUUCGUAGAGAGCGUGCACUCGCUGAGAACAAGAGCUUUGGACUGCCGUUUCGAGGCCCAGUCGUUGUCUUGACGUAUGACUUGGAGAUUGCGCUGAGUGGUCCGGCCUUGAAUGUCGAUACUACGAUCAUGGGCCCAUUGAUGGAUUAUGUCAAGCUGUGUCACGAGUAUGAUGGGCCAAAGUUCAUUGAGCAACCACAGCAAAGGUAUACCAAGUCAGAGCUGGAAGAUAUCAUGGGUACGCCUGCUAAGUCCGGUUGA